UACGGGAGAUAGCUCAUGGACACCAGGACCGCGAAAACGUGCAUCGUUGUUGGACUUGGCGACCUCGUGUCGCAGCAGGAGUUUCGCUGCCAGUGGUGCGACAAAAAGGUCUACAAGAGUCGCCACUACUAUGAAAGCCACCUGAAGCUCAUUCAUAAAGUUCCAGUUCCAGAUUACAGAUUGUUCAAUUGUUUUCACUGUCCAUUCACUAAUUGUCGGUACCACCAGCAUGACUCGGGGUAUUUUUUACGUCAGAUUAGCCAUCUUCGUCGUCACUGGCGGGAUCAACAUAAGGAUGCAACUUUUUGGUGCAAGUUUUGCCGAAAAGCGUUUAUUUCUGAACCCGCACGUUCAUCCCACGUGUGUAUCUCAUCCAAGCAUCCCACUGUUACUGAUCCAAAAACACCGACUAAUAAGCAGUCACACGAGUCUACCGAUGAAUGCGUAGUUGCAGCAAGUGAAGAUUUGGGCAAAUAUGUGUGUUCUGUCUGCGGAAAAGGAUACCUUUAUAUGCGUAGUCUCCGUCAUCACAAGCUUCGCAACAACCAUGGAGUGGACCAGUUGGAAUUGAAGCAGAACUCUAACAAGUUAACGCUGCGUCCCAAAAACCAAUGUGCUAAGUGUAAAAGGAAAUUUGUUCAUACUCACAAGUGCCAGGAGCACUUGUGCCCGCUAUGUGGAAGAAUCUGUUUCUCCAAGUCGGCGUUAGAAACCCAUAUGAAAAGUUCUAAUCAUUUAAUUCUUGAAAUCAUCAGGAAUCAAUCAACUAUAUCGUUUUUGGAGGAUAUGGAACAACUGCUACGUAACAUAGAAAAUGGGACAGUAAGAGACUCUUCUGUUCUUACGGAACUGACAAAUCUAAUGCCGGUUAUUCAGCAGCUGCAGGAUUCCGAAAGGGAGUCGUGAUU